GAGCAGAGAGGCAUGGCACGCAAGAAAUCCUCUUCCAUUAUUCCUUCGCCGCCUCCGAUUUCCAUCGGAAAUUGCGAGGUGCGGGUCGAAGCUAAGAAUUUCGCAUCCGAGCUGACUGAAAAUAGCCUCCAGAUCACGUUCGCGAAAGAUGCCAAUCUCAAAAUUUCAGAGCAGGAUUAAGAUCGAUUCUGCGUCCAGUCAUCAUCUUUGAGGAAUCCUUCAACUCAUUUGAUUUCAUCUUCAAUGGCGGAAGAAA